CUUUGUCGUAUCAGUGACCCAGAGUCUCUCGUGUUAUGGAGAAGUUUCGAUUCAGAGUGUUUGUUAGGGCCCUACGAAGCUGUGUAUAUUAAUUGGUGUGGCUACCUUAAUUGGUUUGCAUCAACAGUCGUUCCUAAUGACAUUUUAAGGAGAACUGGAUCGCGAUAUUCUUUGGAGUAGAAGAUGCAGGCCUUGUUCUUGUUUACAAUAUGUUGUUGCGUUUGGCCGUCUUUCGAAAAACUCGCCGGAGAUCACAUCUGCCAGAUGCAAAUCAGCGAACCUGUAGAGACACUAGUGUGGACGAUCAAAAACAGAACGCUACGCACGUUUCAAUGGUGUCUCAAUGUUCCACCGAGAUGUUCAAGCUACUCUAACGUUCAAGUGAACGAAACUCAAACAUUGGUCAAUUACGUCAAUAAAACUGUAGAAAGGUGCUGCGAUGGCUAUUACGAGCGCGAAGGCGAAUGUGCUGAUGAAGCCUGCAAAGGAUGCCGAAACGGUUAUUGCAGCAAUGGUUAUUGUGAUUGCAAACCGGGUUGGAUGGGCUCUUCCUGCGAUAGACCAUGCAUGACUGAUCAACGCGGUUCCAACUGUACCAACCAGUGCAACUGCUGGAAAUAUAUACAAUGCGUCGCCGAAAACAAAGCAGAGUGCGACUGCGUCUCAGGUUGGCUGCCAGACAGUUGCGAAUUGACCUGUCCAAAACCUUACUACGGCACAAAAUGCGUUCAUCUGUGUACAUGCAAUAUACUUACACAGACUUGUACCAUUGAGAAGGGCAAAUGCGUCAUUAAGGAGAAAAAAUCCAAAGACGUAAUUGACUACCAGGGUGAAAAUGCAGAGUCCACAACCGUCACCGAUGAUAGUGCUGACGUCAGAACAACGCUAACCUCUCGAUCGCCGUUCCAAAUAACAGUGCUGUUUACUAACCAGUCUGGCUCCACGAAUAACCUUUCGAACACCGAUCAUUUUCUCGUGACACAUCAACCACAAAAGGAAAUUUCAAGUAGAAAUUUGUUCCUGGGUAUUGCGUCCCUAUCAGUCAUCACUGUGGUUGUGACGGCGACGGUGAUUGGGUUAUUAGCGUUAAAAUUGAUAAGAAGAAAAGCAGACAAAGGUUGUCCGGAUAAAAAUGCCACCGCUGUAGCUGUUUAUACGACCAGUAUAUUCCACACCCCUCUACCAGAUCCUCCACUCUUCGAGAACCCCAGUUACUACUCGGUUAAGGAAAAUAACGUAAUCGAGCAGCAGGAAAUAAGAUUGAGAGAUUUUAACCCACUAUACCAAAAUAAGGAAAAUGCAAAGCAAGCCAAUCUUGAAAAUCUUACUUGGCAUCCCGACAUACCCCGAUCUAUAUCAGUCACGGGCACACUGCCCAGAGGUACAUCGGAGGAUGUUUCUCACCAAUUAUUCGUGGAAGAGUUGGAACCCGUGUACGACGAGAUACCCUCAAGGGACCCUCCUAAAUUAUGCCAUCUCCAUUCACAAAACUCUACGUCAAACCAUUCGUCCACCUAUAUGAAUGCUGCUGUUAUAUUGAAAAAUAGCAGAUAGCAGCAUUACGUGAGAAUAAUAGUUCGGGAAUAAGUUUUAUAUCAUCGAUUGUGGAUCCGUUAAGCGCCAUCUAUAAAUAAAUAGCUCAACGAACACCUGUCGCCUACCACGUACUCGAGAUCGUACUUCAAAAACGGAACGAAACCGAUUCAAUCUGCUCGUGCGCCUUUUUAAAGUAAAUUAAAUCUAGGCUCACUUAUUAAAAUCAUAUUUGUAAUAUUUAAUAUAGAAAUAAACGAU